UCGCCGGUCCCUCGACUCCAUAUGCCAAGCCCAUCCAUCUCUCCACAGUCCCCGUUGCAAAUCCACCCCAUGGGCCAUGGGCCCCUCGGCCUCAACCUCCGUCCUCGGACAUCUCGACCGCCCUCCGUAGACUUUCCCCCUCCCACAACUCUCCCCCCAUGUUGACUUGCAGCAGCAGCAGGACGAGACAUGCCGAGCUCCACAGCUGCCUGCGAGCGCUGCCACCGCCGCAAAGUCCGCUGCGACAAGACGCAGCCCUGCCAGCCCUGCACGCGCGCCAACGUCGCCUGUCGCUACACGGCGAGUGAGAACGCGCUGCGACGGCAGAACGUCGUACGCCUCGAGGACAAGGUCAGGGAAUUGACGGCGGAGAAGGAUGCGCUGCAGGACGAGCUGAGACGCCAACGUCAGCGCCAGGAGCAGCAGCGCCAUGACCAGAGCAGCGGAAUCAGUCCAGAGACGACAUCAGCCUCCUAUGCUGCGACGUCUUCAACACCGCAGGGCGUCGAAGGAGACGUAGCCGAUCAAGUCGUCCACUUGUCCCUCAUCGCUGGAGGAGGACAGCACUUUGUCGGGUCUACCAGCGGCCUUUUGCUCGCAAAUCUCCUCCAGUCGCGCCCACAGGGCCCUUCAUCCCUCGACGCAGCGUCCGCCUGGCAACCCUCGCAGAGCGAUGGCCACGCGACAUCCAGUCUUCCUCCCAAGCCGCUGGCGCAGGAUCUCCUCACGGCGUACUGCAGCCACGACCAUCUCUGCUACCCCUUUCUCUCCACAAAGGCCCUCCAUCGGUCCCUGGAUCUCGUGUACGACACGGACAAGCCCGACCCCGUGGACGCCUUCUUUGUCGACAUGACACUCGCCAUUGGCACGGCGCAGGUGCGCAAAUUUGGCUGGAACGGCAUCUAUGACGCGGAGACGCACUACAGCCGCGCCAUGACCCGGCUCGCUGACGUGCUCGCGCGCGACGGCAUCGCGAGGGUGCAGGCGCUGCUCCUCGUGUGCCAGUAUCGCAUGGGCACGACGUCCAGCGACACGACGACGAGUGUGUGGCACCUCAUCGGCGUGGCAGCGCGGACGUGCCUCGAGCUCGGCCUCCAUCGCGCUUCGGCGUACGUCCUGCGUGAAGAGCAGUCUGACGGCGCCGCAGCGGAGGAGAUGGAGGUCAAGAGACGUUGCUUCUGGAGUCUCGUCGCGCUGGACCGCGUGACCAGUCUUGCUCUGGGGAGACCCUUUGCCAUACAGCUGGAUGACAUUGAGGUUGACCUCCCGCACUCUGAUGCGUUGCCAACAUCAGAGGUCGUUGCCGCACCGCAGAGCUCCUUGACAGGCGCAGAGUAUGGCACGCCUCAGUGGCAUAUGGCGACGUCCAUCUUUGCCCAUAUUGUGCGCUAUCGCCUCAUCUGCGGCAAGAUCAUGACCUCGCUCCAUCGCAAUGCCAACAAAAAGCACAACACCUAUUCCUCCUCGAAUCACACGGAUCACGAGGCCGUUCGCGAGGCGCUCUCCCAGGAGUUGCAAACUUGGCUCUCGCAGACGGCUGAUCUUCCACUGGUAUCAGGCGCCGCUUCAGCCCCAACAUCUUCUUCGUCAUCUUCUUCAACAUGGCAGCAGCGAGGUCAGGUCUCCAGCUUCCGCUCGGAGGAGUGGUACCGCCUCCUCUACCACAACGGCAUGCUCAUGGUCUAUCGUCCCUCGCCUUGUCUGAACGACGCUACGCGCAACAGCGUCACGCUGCAGCACGUGUACACGUCCUCACGCGAGUCGAUCCAUCUCUACGCGACGCUUCACCGUAGCAGGGUCUUGAACUAUAGCUGGAUCACCAUGCAGACCGUCUUCAUGUCGGGGCUGUCGUACAUCUACGCACUGAGAAAUCACUUGCAGGAGGAGGGAGCCCGUCUGUCGAGCGAACCCAGUAUCGGCCAGGUGGUCAACGAUACGAGAGCCUGCUCAAAGGUUCUCGUCGCCGUGUCCGAGCGGUGGGAUAUGGCGCGGACAUGCUCGGAGCUGUUUGAUCGGCUGAGCGAUGCAGUCAUGGCGGACGUGGUCGAGGCCAGAACGUCUUCUUCGCAUGUGCCUCCUAUUCCUACCACGCCGCAACAGUUAUCGAUGCUCGCGCCCGCUGGGACAUCGAGGGGGAAUGGUAGUGGUCUGGAUCUAGGCACGGCGAUGGCACAGCAGCAGCAGCAGGAUGUCAGCAUGUACGGCCAAACAGCAGUGGCGCCUGGAUUCGUCAACAUGACCGUGGACAGCACCCUGAGGGAUUGCUACCCCGAUCUACAGAAUCUGGGGUACGACCAGUACCACACCGAUGCCAUUGCGCAGCUAUCACAGGACUGGUUUUUUGGCAUUGGUGAUCCGGACGGACGGUACUACUAGAUGAAUAGACGCUCUCCUGACAUUUGAUACAUGUCCAUCUCUGUCUAUAUUCGCCCCCUCUCUAGAAACCUCUUUGGCACAUCAACAUACCGGCUCCGCAGAUACUCUGCAAUGC